CGGACUCCCCGCAGUCAGCGCCGCGGCGCCCGCCAGGCGAUCAGCUCGCGCCUCUGCUCGGUCCGCGCCUGUCCGCGAUUGCCGCGUCGCCCCCGCCGCCCCGCACCGCCCCGACACCCUCACGUCAAAAUAAAGUAGUAAUUGAUUAACAGGAACAACUUCGCACCGUGCCACAAACUUUUUUCAUGUUUGGAUUGUUGGAAAAAAAUUUAUGUGAUGUGAUUUAAGUGACCCAGGCUUGCGCGUCGAAAGUAAUGGGGCACGCAGCGGGCGGACCUAAAUCCGCUUUAUGGAUAUCUCUUCUACAUGGAUUCCUUUUCCUCGUCGCGGACUCAGGAACGGAAUCUCCUCACGAUAUCACCACAAUGGACAUCUCUUCCCGUCGGUUCAGAGCUGAGUUCCUGCAGGAGUGGAGCGGUUCUCCAGAUGCGCCGUACUUCGAUCCCAGUACGCCCAGGAACAUCACAGGACUUGUUGGCCAUCCAGUCAGACUGCUGUGCCGCGUCAAAAAUCUUCAGAACAGAACGGUAUCAUGGGUGCGUCACCGCGACAUUCACCUGCUGACGGUGGGGCGGUAUACGUACACGUCGGACCAGCGGUUCGAAGCGCAGCACAAGCCGCGCUCCGAGGAAUGGGCGCUGCGCAUACGCAGCCCGCAGCGCCGCGACUCCGGCCAGUACGAGUGUCAGAUCUCCACCACGCCGCCUAUCGGACACGCUGUCUACCUCAACAUUGUAGAGCCUGAAACAAGUGUGUCCAGCGGUCCCGAGUUAUUUAUUCAAGCGGGGUCAACCAUUAACUUGACUUGCACAGUACGGCACACUCCAGAGCCGCCAACAUCAAUAACUUGGACCCAUGGGGAUCAGAUUAUCAACUUCGAUUCAGCCAGAGGCGGUAUAUCAUUAGUGACUGAGAAAGGUCUGAAGAGUACAAGCCGUCUACUGGUCCAAAGGGCCAGAGGGGCUGAUGCAGGACUCUAUACCUGUGGACCUAACAACGCUCCCUCAGCAUCCACCAGGGUCCACGUUUUAUCUGGUGAGCAUCCAGCGGCCAUGCAGCAGGGCUGUGCAAAAUCAACUUUAGACAAAACAUCAUCUAUAGUGUGUUGUUUAAUAAUAUUGUACGCCCUAACCAGAACGACGUUUGACAAUCUCCAAUCUGGUACUUGAACUUCAAUAAACGUUCUUGGACUUGUAAAUUAUUUUAUUGUACAUAAUGAUCAAGGGUUCUUGAAUAAAAUUGGAAUAUUCGAAUUAUUGAAAUAUCGUGUCCUUUAUUCAUUACUGUACAUUAUUUUGAGUCUGAUAUUCAAUUUGAAUAAAUAAAUAAAUUGUUUUUAAUGUAAAAAUUUGUGAUCCAGAUUCUUGAAGACACAAUGAAUUUCAGGGUCGAUGCUAUGUUGGAAAUAAAUUUUAUGUACGUUUUUAUGUUUAAUGUGAUUGUUGGUAAUUGGUAAUGUAAUAAAGAUGUAUGGAUUUCUAUACAUCUUUAGUAGCUUUAAUACAUAUUCAAACGAGAUAUUUAAUUUUGUUAGUUUUUCAAUCUUACUGCAUAAAGUAAAAUGUCGUAUCAGAAACUCCUAUCUCAGUAUAUAUCUGAAACUACAACGAGGUUUAUAUCCUACAUCUUCUUUAAAUUGAACAAUUUUGUGCGUUCCCAAAAUUUUCCACAAUUACUUAACAGAUUCACUGACCACAUCGGGGCAGUCUUGUACGUAAACACAUUAGCUUUGUAAAUAUUAAGCAACAAACAUAAUUUAUAUGUAAAACAUUUUUCAUACCAAGUGUUCAUUACACUUUUGUUGUGAAUAGUACAAAAAGGAGACUACUCAACGAAUAAUAUUAUGUUCUGUAUAAUUUCAUACAUUAGCGUACAAAUAGCACUGUUAAUAAAAUAACAAAUCUGUAAUGUGCACUCGACCUAAAUAAUUCAUAUCAAGAUUUAAGUUGGAACGAAACACAUUUAUACAUUUGUGAAGUCACGAAAA